CAGCCCGGAAGUGCCGUGCCGAGCUCCCGCCUUAAAGGGACCGCGCUGAGCUGCGCCCCAUGGCGAGGCCGGGGCACGGCUGGAGCGGCGCGGCGGCGGCAAAGCGGGGCUCGGAGGAGGAAGAGGAGGGCGAGGACCCGCUGGACGCCAGGAUCGCGCGGAGCGGCUGCCUGGAGCAGCACCGGCAGCUGCAGGAGUGCAUGGCCGAGCGGCGGGACUGGCGGCACUGCCAGGAGCAGGUCCGCGCCUUCGGAGCCUGCAUGGCCCGGCGGCAGCAGCAGCGGCAGCGCGGCACGGACCCGGCCCCGGCCCAGCCCCCGGACUGAUACCCCCGGACGGACAGACCCCUCCUCUCCGGCUUGCUUUUUAUCCAACUCCUUAAAAAGCCAGGUGGAAUUGCUGGGAAAUAAACCUGGAGUUUGUCAGCCCUCGGCUUGGUGUGUGCCAGUGGGAGAGGGGGGCUGGUUUGGAGCAUACAGCAUCGAGCUGUGCCAUGGUACAUCCAGGUGGGACAUCAGCAGGAAUUCCCUCACGGACAGGGUUUUCAACAUUUGUAGGGACUGCCCAGAGAGGUUUGGAGUCCCCAGGAAUGACUGGACACAGCACUCGGCCCUCUAGGCUGGUGACAAGGUGGGGACUGGGCAUAGCUUGGAUUCAAUGAUUCCAGAGGUCUUUGCCAACCAAAAUUAUUCUGUGGUUGUGGAUUUCCAGCCCAAAAUGUCCCAGCCCAGGAGCAUUCACAGCACUCAGGCUGGAACAGCCUUGCCAUGAAUUUUUAUUCCAUGUCCUCUGUGCCAUCGUAAGGCUUUUCCCAGUAGUGAUAACCUCACAUCCCACAGGAUGGGGUUUAUCUCCUGGGAAGCCACAGAAAAAUCAGGAAUGGGAGGAAUAGGGAUGCUCAUCUGACCACCACCUGCUGGCCAAUAAGCCAUGAGAAAGGAAAUAAAAUUGCUUUUUGCAUGGCUUUUGUCAGAAGGAAGGUUCCAGGCCAUUUCCCAGGGAUGUGGGUGCUAGGAAUACCAAGAGCUGGGCAUGGAAGCA